AUGAAACGCACGGCGCGCGGACGGAGACGCAGGGGUCGAGGAUUCGUCUGCGAGUGGACAGAGAGGAGCAAGAAAAAGCGCUCUUCCCCGAGAGCUUCCUGCCUCUGCGGCUACAUCUCCCCGGAGAGCGUCCGGCCUCUGCGCGAUUAUAUAUUAAUAUGUGUGUGUGUGUGUGUGUGUGACCUGUGUGUGUGUUUCUACACUGCCUGUGUAUUGUUUUCUUUUUUGUUUGUUUGUUUGUUUGUUUGUUUUUUGUUUACAGUGCCCUCUGCACGACUGGCCAUCCUGCGAGGAACAGUCACGUCGUCUCUGAGCCGACGUGUCUGUUCUUCUCUUCCGCCGAGCCAGUUGCGUUUCACCUUGAACAGUUCAGUCUGGUAG